CGAGCUCUGCUGGUCAAACAUUUAAUCUUUAUUGCUUGGCGUGCUCAGAGUCAUGUGAAAUGAUUGGUGCAUCAUAAUCUGGGCCAUGAAAGUAGAAGCUCAGAGGCACUCUGCCACGAGCUGAUAAGCUACGGGACGCUCAAGCGCUGCGGAAGUUUCUACGCCUCGGUUGAUUUGGCGGGCUGGUCUGCAACAAUCUGCGCCGCCUACGAAUCGAAGAGUCUGAUUUGAUUUUGCAUCUAUCUAUAUAUCAAGCAAUCAGUUUUCCACUCUGAGCUGGCAGCAUUGCGCCUGCCACCUGGCACUUCUUUUGUCCUCGAGCCUGCCACCUGUCAAUCUCUCUAUGUCCGCCACCGUUGCAAUGAGAAAGCUUCUCACGGGCGCCCUGCAUUGGGGGAGGCCCUCACACGCUAGAAGAUCCUUCACCAGCUCACCUUCAUUCUUGGCCACUUCCCCCCCCUCAAAUUUGCCUGCCAGCGGGCACCCCCGAAAAGUCGACACAGAUGUGUUGAUAGUGGGCGGGGGGCCCGUGGGGCUCUCCCUUUCGAUUCUGCUCUCAAACCUAGGCGUUAGAUCGCUGCUGGUGGAGAAAAGGCUGCACCCCACGACGCACCCGCAGGCACACUUCAUAAACAACCGGACGAUGGAGAUCUUUCGUCACAUGGGCGACGUUGCGACGACCAUCGGGCGCGAGCAGCCCCCCCUCGAGGAGUGGCGCCGCUUCAUUUACUGCCACACAAUGACAGGGACGGUUCUCGGACAGGUGGACCACUUUUCGGACCAGACCGCGCGUCCGAAUAUGAGCCCCGUGUCGGUGGCGCACUUCUCCCAGAACAAGCUGGUGCCGCUUCUGCUGAGAAGCGCGAAAGCGCUCGAGAAAGAAGCGAGGGGGUCGGCGCAGGAUGUGGGGGGUAGCGCAGGAGAUGACGAUUUGGCUGGGGGGUUCGAGGGGCUUGGGUGUAUCUUAGAGGGCUACAAGUGCAUGGCGUUUGAGACGGCAGCCGGGGGGGUGUUAUCAAGAGUAGUCCCGUUUAAUCAAGCAUUGCAAGAAUCAGCUUCAGAACAUACAAAUCCAUUGAGCACUGUGGAUCAAUUAGGAACCAGAGUUGCGAGAGAUCAGCCAAAUACGGCUCGCCCUCACUCAAUCAAUGUACAUAGCAGGUUUUUGAUCGCGGCGGAUGGCGCAAGCAGCGGAAUAAGAAGCCGUUUGCGGAUCUCUUUAGAAGGGGAUGGCGCAAUUGAAUCGCUCCUCAGCGUGCAUUUCGAGUGUCGGGGAUUGCAUGAGAAGCUCAACGGGCGGCAGGCAAUGCUGUACUUUGUAUUCAACGAAGAUGUGAUCAUGGUCGUUGUGGCGCACGAUCUCAGGAAGGGGGAGUUCGUGGCGCAGAUCCCGUUCUACCCCCCCCAGCAAAGGCCCGAGGAAUACACCCCCGAGGUCUGCCGGGAUAUGAUCCAAAAGGCGAUUGGCGACGCAAACUCUCCAGUCCUAGUUCGCUCGAUCCGGCCCUGGACCAUGACCGCCCAAGUCGCCGAGAAGUACGCCGACAAAAGCGGGCGCGUCUUUCUGAUGGGCGAUGCAGCUCAUCGUUUCCCUCCCGCCGGGGGGUUCGGAAUGAACACCGGAAUCCAGGACGCUCACAACCUGGCCUGGAAGCUCGCGGCUGUCAUACGCGGCGUUUCGGACGUCAGCUUUAUGCGGACGUACGAACAGGAGAGGCGACCGAUCGCAGAGGCGAACACGGCGCUCAGCGUGUCCAACUUCAAGGGCGCCAUGGCCAUCCCGUCCGCGCUGGGGUUGGACCCUGCCGCAGCAAAGUUACUUCUCCGGACCCUCAACCGCCCGCCUAUCAGCCUCCUUCCUGCGACCUACCAAAGAGAACUGUUGGAGAGAGGCCUUGCUUUGGGCCGCGCACAAAUGUCGCCCCUACUGUUAAACGCCAACAACCCCGUGGGCAGGGCCCGGCUGGCGGAAGUCGCGCGGAUCAUACGCGAGGGGGAGAGCCUGCAGCUGCAGUUUCCGGCGGAGGACCUCGGAUUCCGGUACACCCAGGGAGCGCUCUGGACCGGUGUGCCUGACGUCAUCGAGCGUGCGGAGCGGGCAAACGCCAUGGGCAGGCGGACCGGCUAUGAGCCGGACACGCGGCCGGGGUUCCGGUUGCCCCACUGCGAGCUCGCAGUUGGGCUGAUUGACAUCGAAACUGGCGCUGUGUCUGCGACAAAGGACACCGUAUCGACCUUGGACCUGACAGAUUCCGGGCAGCUAUUCCUGAGGCUAAUCGUCUCAGUCGACCGAGAUGGCGCCGAUUGGAAGCGCGCGCUCGCAGACCUCCAAAGCUUACUUCCGUUUCCAAUUCGUGGGGCCGUUAUUUGGCCCGACGGCGCUAAAGCAGACUCUCAAGAGAUCAGUGGCAACAGGAGCGAGCGGACAAGCCCCAUAGGAAAUGAGGAAACGGAUCAAAGCGUUUUGCACCUGGUAGAUGUACAUGAGAGCUGGGCUGCGAUGCCACGUAUCGGCCCCGGAGUGAUACUGCUCGUGCGGCCCGACGGGCACAUUGCCUGGCGGUCGACAGUGGACGAGCUUCGGGAGUUGGCUGACGUCAACGAAGGGGGAGUCUUGCAGGACAUCUUCUCUGUGCGACAUCAUAACCUUCAAUAUAGCAAAAUCUGAUGCAAUUGUUGGCACAGAUGUCCAGCUGCAACCUGA